AUGGAGGAAGUCACGAGCUGUCUCGAGUUCUACGACUUUGCUUCUCUCUCCCGCCUUCAGUGGAGAAAAUCGGGCUUCCUUCCUCUUCUCCCCCUUCUUCUGGAGCUCAGGACUCACUACGAGUCGCCGCCUCCGCAUCUCUCUGCUCUUUUAGAUAAAAUUGCGACUCCCGGCCAAACGGCGUUCGUCCAAGCGCUUUUACGUGUCUCUGUAAACGAUGUUCUCACCUCGAAGACGAGAACGAACGCUCCACCUUCCGCCUCGGUUGCCUCUUCUCUUGCUUCCUCCUCUCCCUGGUCUUCAGCGUGUUCCUCUUUUGCGUCUUUACCAUCCUCUUCGCGUCUGUCGAACAGGGGAAAAGGCGAUGGUCAGAAAUUGGCGUCUGGCGUGAGCGGAGGCGAGGAGGCUGGGUCGACUGCUCUUUCCGCGGCGGGUCCUCUGCGAAGCACAGAGGCGACGGCCGAAAAAAGUGGCGAGAAGACGGAAACGGGGCAUCAUGGCGUCGGCAGUUGUUUCCCUUCUCCGAAGCGAGAAAGGCCAGAUCAAGCUGAACAGGAAGAAGGCACGCAGUCGGCGACGGCCGCGACGGGCUUUGCUGCGCGUCAGCUACCAGUCGGCGCCUCGUUGUCUCCCUCCGUUGCUGUCUCGCUAUCCUCGCUCGACAGUUUGGAGGUCGUGGAGCCACAUCAGAGUUAUCCCUGGUUUGUUUCCCUCUUCUCUUCCUCUCCCUCGUCUCCCCCGUUUUCCUCGUCUUCCCCUCCUUCCUCUUCUUUGUCGGCUGCCUCGCCUUCCUGGGACUCGCCUCUAAUGUUUCUGCAUGCAAGAAAUGUCCUGACGCUGUUCUGCGAGGACGUCUGUGCGGUUCUGUGCCACGGCCAGCGGCCCGCCGAUUUGCCUAGGUCUUGGAUUCCCUUUCUCCCUCUUCUUCUUCCGAUCCUGCUGUUCCAGAUCUCGCCUCAAAUGCUCCAAGCGCUAGACGGAAGUGGAGCGAGGAGCCGUGCGCACCAACAGGCAGAAGGCUGCCACGUCACUCCCUCAGAGCCGCCGCAUGCGCCCUCGUUUGCCGCUUCCUCUUCGUCUUCGGCUUCUGAUCGGCGCUCGAGCGUGGCAGGGCGUAAGCGCGUGCGCGGGAGUGAGCAGACAGUGGACGCGUGCGGAGGCCAGAGAGAGCCGGAGCAGAAGAAGAAAAGAGAAGAGAGAUUCGGCGACGAGACGACCGAGCAUGUGGGAGAGAGUGGGACAGACCCUCUUCCGAAGCCACAUCUCGCAGCGAAACCGCCCCACCUCAAGUCUCGCGCGGCUCUUUUGGAAGGAGUGUCGAUCGCGAAGCACGUCAAGGGGAAGAGUCUGCGCCCCAGACACUUGCCGUCUUCCUCGACGUCGACAGGCGUUUCGUCCGGGCCGAAUCUCACCGCUUUCUCGCGUUCCCUCUUCUUCCUGCCGCCUUCUUCUCCCUGUCUCUCGCGACUGCCUCUCCUGGCCUUUGCCCUCGAAGUCCUCGCCGAAAACUGGCACGCGAGCCCCGGCGACCCGGGAUUCUCCUCAGCAGGCGCCUCGGAGACGCAUGCAAAUCCGAGAGUCCGUGGCGACAGACAACGAAAAGCGAGAGAGAGAGAGAGAGGCCGAGGCGAGUCCGAGCAAGGCGAAGCGCACGGCUUUUGGAAGCAGGCCAACAACUUCUUUGCCAUCCAGCAGCUCGGCCUCCGCCCCGGAGAUGCCCUCUUCGCUGGAGACGAGCGCGAACGCCCAGGAGACAGAGAACGCCCCGGAGAAAACGCCGAAGACAGACCCCACACAGAAGGAGACGCAGUCAGAGACACCAUUCUCGCAGCGCUUCUGCACCCAGGACAUCUCGAGCUCGGGCUGCAAGUUGCAGAGCAGUUGAUUGAUGCGUUGCUCGCCGUGUUCAACGCCUCGAAUCCGUUCUCCUGCGCGUCCGCGCUCUCGUCGGCUCAGCUGCCUGCGCUCUUCGUCUUCUCCUUCACGCAGAAAGUCUUCUCCGCCGUCCGACAAGCUGGGUCGGCGUUCGCGCGGCUCUUGUUCCUGAAGCUGUUUGAUGCCUCGAUUCCGCUGCCGCGCCCCGUUCUUCCGCUGUCUCUUUUGCGUCUCCUCGCGUUCUCGUCUGCGGAGCAGCUGCACGAAGCGGUGCAUCUGCAGGCCUUUCCGCUGGAGUCUCUCCGGGCGGCUUCUUCGCUCUUCCCGGCGUCCGCCUUCGGCCGGUUUCUCCGGCGCUUGUCGGGGGCCGGAAUCGUGAAGGCCGAGCUGCUGGUCGUCUUCUUCGUGCUCAUGUACGACCACGAAGGCGAGCAGCAUCUGCGGUUUCUGCGCGACUCGCGAGCGCGGAUCGAGACGGAGAAGCGCCUGGAGCAGGAAGAACGAAAACGCGCAAGUGGCGUCGUCCUCGCUGCUGGAGCCGUCGCCAAAGAAGAAGGAAAAACCAAAAAGCCCGAAGACAGCGCCGCAAAGUUCUUGAAAACCCGAGGAAAAAACGCCUCCAAAUCUCCGCCACCUUCCGGCGCCAGUCGCUCGCCCUCUCCCCGACAAAGCAGAAGAGGAUCGUUCAGCCUCGCUUCUUCCUCUUCUGCCUCGUCUUCGUCCUCUUCAGCCUCGUCUUCGUCCUCUUCAGCCUCGUCUUCGUCCUCUUCAGCCUCGUCUUCGUCCUCUCCUGCCUCGUCUUCGUCCUCUCCUGCCUCGUCUUCGUCCUCUUCAGCCUCGUCUUCGUCCUCUUCAGCCUCGUCUUCUUCGUCCUCUCCUGCCUCGUUUCUGGGGAAUGGAAGGUUUGAUUUGUCUUCGGAGAGGGGAGUUGUGGCCUCGACGCUUCACCACUUUCUUCUGGAGGCUCUCGCGGCUUCUCCGGCCUCUUUGUCUCCGCCCUCCAAUGCAGCUGCGUGUCUCCCCGCGGGUGUGCCUCUUCAGGACCACGCGCCCCAGCGGUGCGGUCGCGCGUGGUGUCUCUUGGCGGUUGCGGAAAUAAUCGGUCUGCUCCCCGUCGAUGUUCUGUCGCUCCCCGUGCGUCGCGCCUAUCGCUCGAGCCUUCCGUACGCAGUGCUCUGGGCUCUGAAACUCGCGAGUCUCUCUUCGCCGAACGACCUCUCGACCUGCCACAUGUCUCCUUCUGGGCCUCAGCCGCCCGAGGCGGUCGCCCUCCUCUCGGCGUGCGAGUGCAUCUUGCUGAGCACGCGGGCGUCGACCGCGGCCCCAGCGGCGCCGUUUUUGCCUCCGGAAGUCGCGGCGGAUCUGCGCAAGCAGCUUGCUCUCCUCCUCUUCAGUCCCCUGACUCUGGAGACGCUGAGGCCUGCCGACCCGCUCCGCGUCAAGCGCUCGCUGAUUCGUCUGCUGCCGGCGGCGAUCUCCCACGCGCCCUGGCUGGCCUCUAGGGCCACCAGCCCCGUGCUGUUCGACUUCGUUCUCGGCGCCGUCUUGGAACUGCGAGGCGGCGACGAAGAAGAGGACGAAGACGGAGAAGGCGAGGAAGACGGAGAAGGCGAGGAAGACGGAGAAGGCGCGAAGCACACCACUGUGCAAGGUGAAGAAAGGGAACGAGAGGCCGGACGCAGGCGCAGAUGGACUCGUGCACGAGACGCGUUCUAUAGGGAGCUCACACUGCUCACCGGGAACGGGGGGCGAGACGGAGACGCGACAGAGAGUCUCCGAGAGAGUGUCCGGGAGCGGAAACGGCGCACAGGGCUUUUGUUUCGCCGCGUCGACGAGGAAGAGAUCAAGGAGGAAGACAAACAGACGGCGCUGGCCUCGGAGCGCGAUGAACCACACCAGAGAGACGUGCGGGCCGACGGGAGAGCAGGCGAAGGAACCCUAGAGCAGGCCGCAGAACAACCCUCGGACGGGGCCACUGGGACAGUCGUGACCGCGUGGGUACAUGAAGAGACACGCAAAGAACAGGAGAAGGAAGAAGACGAGCGCUUCAGUGAACCGUCUUCCUCUCUCUGUCUGACCCUCUCUUUUCGCCUGUAUCGCUUUUUGUUGCGGUUUGCUCGAAGCGCCGUGCAGGCGUCCCUCUGUCACUCGCCAGCCUCGACGCUUCACAGCCACGGAAAAGUCGAGGGCGGCGACUCUCACCUUCUUCCGUUCUCUGCGCUCCAGCGGUGGCUGCAGUGCGUCGAAAUCCUGUCGCAGAUGAUGUCGACCGUUCCGUCUCCGGAUCCGCAACAUCCGUUCUUCUUGGGCGGCGACGGAGAAGAAGACAGGGACACCUUUUUUCUCGCUUCGCCUCUAGAUCUGCCCGUUCUCCUUCGGUGUCUCCGCGCGCACGUCUUUCCGUCAGCCUCCGAGUUUCUGUGCUCGACCGCUUCGACUGACGGCUCAAGUGCCGGCGGAACGGGCCUCGGCCUGGGAGGAGCCCAGAAGGGUCUCCUUUUCUUUUCGGGCUCGGUCGGAAAAAGGGGACAGUACUUUGGGCGAGGCCAGCAGCUGGCCGGAGCGGCCGCAGAACAGACACGAACCAGCGCGGGCGUCGCGCUGAUUCUGUACAUGGUGGCGAGGCUUCAUGUUCUCCCCUACUUCAAAGCACGGGACGCCACGUACUUGGCGAAGCUUCACAGCCUUCCGUGGCGGGGCCUUCUCGAGUUCUGCGCGUCACAGCCGCUCUUUGGACACUGGGCGCUCCGCUUCGUUCAAGACGCCGUCUCCGCCGCUUUGCCUGAAGUCUUCUCGCUCUUGCAGCCUCGCCCGGCGGACUGGCGGGAGCAGUUGGACCCUUCCUUUCUCUCUCCCUUCACACUCUCUCGAGUUUGUGCCGGAGACGAUCUGCGAUUGAAACAACUCCUCGCCGAAGUUGCCAUCAAACCCUUCACUGCAAAUACUUGGACAGCUCUGCGCGCACGGGGCCGCCUCGCCGCCUCACUGGACAUUCCUUCUCGGGUUUCUUCUGAGGCUCGUGACUUCGCAAGAGCCGGAGCAGAGCCAGGUCUCUCGACUUGCUCGACGCCUUCAGCGCUGGAGAUCUUUGUCUUUGGCCGAGAGCAUUUGCACAAACUCUGGAGUGACCUGGAGGCUCCGCGGCCCUCCGCGGGGGUUCCGCGGCUUCCGAGCGAAGAGGAGCUGUGCCUCCUCCUGGAGACGUGGCGGUUCUACGCCGCGUUGGAGCCCAGCGUCGCGUGCCUCGCUCUCGCCACAGAAUUGAUUGUCUCCUUUCUGCCUUCGGUCUCUGUGGCGAGUCCGCGCGCGCGUGAGUCCGUCGGAGACAAGGGCGACGAGAAGCCAGGAGCGGUGAAGCGAGACUGCGGCGCCCUGGGAAUGCAAGGAAAAUCGUUGCCUUUUUCCGAGGUGGCGGCGCAGUACUUCAACAUUUGCCAGAAUGUCUUGAAUCUUCUUCUUCGCGUUCCAGCCACUGUUCUCUUUCGGCUCCUCGCCUUUAACAUCCUCCCAGACGUGAUAUACUUCUUCCUUCUGAAAAUGGAAAGCUACGUUUUUAUGGGCGCUCCCGUUCUUCCAGGGUUCCCGCGUGUCCUCUUCGAUCCGGAAGAAAUCCUCGCGUCUCAGGAAGCGGCAGUCUUCCAAGUCCUCCUCGAGGUCUGUCGCCUGGCCCUGCCUGCGGCUUCUUCGCCGCUCGCCCUGUCUGCUGCGAUCGAGGAUCGCCCGAAGACGGCGAAGGAAACGCAGGAACUCGCCUCGGUUCUCGCUUGGCUGACGCGAGAAGACCGAGAGAGAGACGGCUGGAACUGGGGCAUAUGGGAGAUUGUGUGCCGCGUCUUUGACCGGCAGCUUACCCGGCGUCCACAUGCACUCCAACUGCUGUUCUCGGAAGGCUUUCCUCUCGACGCUGUCAACCCCGUCUGUCGCUUUCUUCAGCAUUCCCAGCAAAUCCUGCCUCUCUGUGUGGCCGCUCUGAAGGAAACGAUCUCGGCGAUUUGGCACGUGUCGGAAGCGUGCAGCGAAGCGAAGCAGCAGGGCGCCGAGACACAAAAGAUGGGCGUGAGCUACGAGCGCUUCGUGCGUCUGCCAGCGAAACCCACCUCAGUGUCUGUGCACCCGGCCCUGGCGCCCUUGACCGUCGUGGAUCGAUGUCUCUUCUACUUCAAAUGCAUAACUUGCGUGGCCUGCGACUUGAGAGACAAUGAAGGCGUGAAGAGAGACGCUCUCGAAACGAACCCGGCAUUCGCCGCAGAGAGUGCUAACGCGGUUCUCCUCGAAAGCAUCAAGCGCCUCGGCGACCAAGCCUCUGAAGAUCUUUGUGAGUUGGUUCAGCGCGCGGUUCCGAUCGUCUUUCCGCUCUACUAUCUGUUCCCGAAGUUAGCGGUCCUCGUCAGCGCCUUCCUCUCGAGACGCCGACUGCUAACAGGUGAAGCGACGGUCGCGCUUCCGGCUCGAAGCCAGGCUGCGUGGGAGAAGGCGGACGGUGUUGGAGGCAACGGAGAGGUCGGCGGCUCUGGACGAAACCCGUUAACGGAUCGUGCAGUUUGCGAAGCUGUCCUUGAACAGCUGGAGACAGACCUGCACCGAAUCCUCCAGUGCGACACGCAAAAGGGCGCGCCGCCUGGCCAAGGAGAAGAGGAAAGCUCGUGA